GUUUUUCCCAGAGUGUUUAUAACCACUAGAGUUCAUUUAAGGUACUGCAGGGGAGAGGUGAAACCUUUGGCUCAUUAGAGAUUUUUUAAAAAUUAUUUUUUACAUAAAAAAUACAUGUAUGAAUCUUCUCCUUUUUGUACUGAUUAGUAUUAAAUGCAGAAACUUUAAUAUUGUAUAUAGAGUCUCCAUCAGUUUGAAGGUCUUUGGACUGAAGUACGCUGAAGACUUUGACUUGAACCCUAUAAUUCCAGUUGUUUCCUCAAAUGUUCCUUUUCAUUCCUUUGUGAUGGGGUGAAUAGCCCCUCCCCCACCCUCGGUGCUGUGUGCAUCCAGGGGACAUUCAGUGUUGGCAAGGCCUAAAAGAGUCCAUUCUGCUGCUGCUCGUGCCAAGUGGCGUCUGUCACUGGUUUCACGGCCCGCCUUAAACUGAAGGUUGUGGCAUAAGAGGCAGAGCUGCUGGAACAUGUGCUGUGAUCUGAGGACGGACUGAGGUUUGCAUUGAUCUCUGUUUGAUUUAUAAUCAUCAAUGGGAAGUGAACUCCUUAACUUCGUCUUCUAUAACAUGCAGGAUUCAGCAUUUUCUACUGUAUGACUGUGUAGCUUCUCAGCCGCCCUGGUCAUUUCAUCCAAAGCAAUUUAGAAAUCGACCGUCUUGGUUUGUAGAAGAUGUUUCACCUCUUUGUCCAAGACUCUUCUCCGAGGAACGGACUGCCUUAUAAUCCUGGCAUGCCGGUGUUGCCUGGUGGGAAAUGUAGGAUUAUCGUACCAGAGACCCAAAACUAAUUUUUUUUUUUUCAGAGAAGUUAUUGUAUAACUGACAAGGAAAGAAACCUGAAUCCUCCUUCACUUUGUGAAGUUAAUUUUCCAGAACAACAUUAUUUACAUUACUAUUAAUAAUAUCAAUAUAAUAUAAUAAUAAUCAGAUAUCAGAAGUCAAAAGUGGCUGCUGUCCAGAAACAUGUCAUGUGGAAACAGUUGCCUUCAGGGUUCACAAAUACUUUUUUUUAACCGAGGUAUCAUUGGCUCUCCUGAUCUGUUUGUCUUCAGCUACCUAAGCUCAUGGGAGGAUUCUCUUCCAGUACCAGCUGACUUUGGGUCACUCCUUGAACAGGUUCCUAAUUCAUCCCUGGACCAACAUGAAAAGUAAAACUCACUGUCCACUAGUGGCAGGCUGAAGGUCAAAGCCUCAUCUUCCAGCCACAGUGACACUCUGUCACCUCCAGUUUUUCUUCACCUGCAGCCACGAUGCCACUCUCCAAGGUAGAUCCAAACCAGUGUUACAGCAGCCUCCCGAGUCCAGCGCAGCGUUUUCAGGCUGCCUGCAGAAAACCUCCUGCCUACCCUACCUCCUCAGGACCUUCAGAGCUGCUGAGAGGUUCAGCUCUGAGGAACCACCUUCUGCGACAGAAGAGCAGCCUGUACUCUCACAGAGGCCCAGCAUCAACAGAGAGAACCGAUGGAACCUGCUCUGCUUACAGCAGCCCUCAAAUCCAGAAGAGAGAGAUCCUGCGCUCCAAAGAUACUCUAGAUCUUCACGCCCAGAAAGCUGUGAGAGAGCUCCAGUUAAGACGGAUUGCCAACAAGAAUUGGACCUUAGGGAAGCAUCCGCUAAAAACUCUGGAAAACGCACAUGAAGUUGAUGCCUUGUCCUGUGUCCAGCAUGUUCAGGGAAGAGAACAUCAAUUUUCCCCUAAAGGUUCUAAUGGAAAUGAAUCUCCAGGACCGACUGCAGGUGGACCGGACCACUUCCAGAAGGAUAUAAGAGGGAUUUCCAACCAGGAUGUGGGAGCUUCUAAAACAGAGUCUUCUCAUGAGAAAUCCAACAUUCCAAGCAGAAGGAGUGAGCCAGGAAAAGUCAACAUGGCUGCUGUCGCUCCCUUUAGGUUCAGAUUUCAGGUUCAUGAAAACACAGAUGCAUUUCUGGACGACCUGAGUGACUGCUCCUCAGACUCCAUGGAGGUCUGCUGUGAUGACAUCGGCGGCAUACGUGGGAAUAGAGUGAAAAGGAGAAAGGGAGAUCUGAAAAUGGAAAGGACGGAUAGCACAAAGGCAUACGGACAAGCAGAUGGAAAAGGAGUUGGGAUGGCAGCUAAGAGGGCAAAGUCUGGAGUGCCCCAGAGCACACAGCGGGGUGAACUAAAGGUGUACCGGGUGGGCAGCUCUGAAGGACGGAUACCGGUGCCAACCAAUCUUCGCAAGCAGAGGUCCAUGACAAACCUGGCUGUACUGACCGAUGCUGAGAAGAAAUUACACCUCUAUGAGCCAAAGUGGUGUGAUGACAUGGCCAAACCCGGGGCAGGACAGACCAAGAUGGGCAAGCCAAAGACAGAAGGAGGUGGCCCCAGUACCGGAGGGGGUCAACCUCUUUCUCGAAACCUAUCCAAGUCUGAGCAUUCACUUUUCCAGGGCAAACCAAAGCCUUUCAGCCCACUCGCUGCCCCCUCUGCCCCAAGCAAGCAGAGCCGCAUACCCCGUGGUCCUUACGCCGAGGUGAAACCUCUGAGUAAAGCACCUGAGGAUGGCAAGUCAGACGAUGAGAUCCUUUCUAGCAAAGCAAAGGCCAAUGCUAAGAAACCGGGUGCUGGGGCUGGAGGAGAGCCUGGUUCCAAAGGCCAGCUGGAGGAAGGGGGAGACAAGCCUUUCCUGAAGGUGGACCCAGAGCUGGUGGUGACGGUGCUGGGUGACCUGGAGCAGCUGCUCUUCAGUCAGAUCUUAGAUCCAGAGUCUCAGAGGAAACGGACCGUCCAGAAUGUUCUUGACCUUCGCCAGAAUUUGGAGGACACCAUGUCAAGUCUCCGUGGCUCUCAGCUCAGUCACAGCUGUCUGGAAACUAGUAACGUGGGCUACGACAGUGAUGAGACCAACGCUCGCAGCAUCUCCAGCCUGUCCAAUCGCUCCUCACCUGUGUCCUGGCACCAUGGCCAGUCCAGUCCACGUCUCCAGGCUGGCGAUGCCCCAUCCGCCACGGGUGCAGUAUACCAGAGAAGCAAGAGUAGCUGCCAGUUCACCCCCCACACCAUGCCGACCCGCUCCAGGGGCCUCAGCGGCACGUCUCGCAUUGAACUUAUCGAGAACUUGGACGUGGAUGACGCCGACCUCAAGUCUGGUUACUUGAGCGACAGUGACCUUCUAGGGAAGAGCCUGCAGGAUGAUGACGACAACCUGGCCAACGGUUGGGACGAGAGCAGCUCCAUCAGCAGUGGCCUGAGUGACGGUGACGGGGAUGGUUCCGACAACCUCAGUUCAGAGGAGUUUAAUGCCAGUUCCUCACUCAACUCUCUCCCCACUACACCACUGGGCUCCAGACGCAACUCAUCAGCCAUGCUCCGCACCGAUGCAGAGAAGCGCUCCCUGGUGGAAAGCGGUCUCUCAUGGUAUAGUGAGGACGCCAAGGCAGUUCACAAACUCUCUAGCAGCAGCUAUGACACAGGGAGUCUGAAAACAGAGGCCCCAAGCAAGUGGAGGAAGAAACCUCCGAGCUUCAGUGAAGAUGCUGGGAAUAAAAGUGAUGUGAAAAAGCCACAGAGCUUAGGUCAACCGGUGGCCUUCAAGAAAGGUCGUAAUCCUCCAGUGGGAGUCACCUCCCCCAUCACACACACAUCACAGAGUGUGCUCAAAGUUGCAGUGCCUAAAAGUGAGAAGCCUCUAGACAAAUCCAAGAUUUCUCUAAAAACCUCUGGACUACAGCGGUCCAGGUCUGACGCAGGCAGAGAUCAUCAUGGAGAGCAUCGUAAGCCUCCUUCAGGUUUGGUGAAACCCACAGCUGGAGCAUCCUUUGGCUACAAAAAGCCACCAACAGCCACUGGUACCGCCACUGUUAUGACAGCAGGGGGCACCAACAUCUCCAGUGGCUCUGCCACUGUGGGGAAAGCUCCCAAGUCCACUGCAAUCCCUAUGAAGCCUAUGGGAGAGGGAGUCCCUUCUGGUCGAAAGAACAGUUUUGAUGCCAGCAGUGAGCAGAGUUUUCUGGGGCCAAACACCCGGAACAGCAUCCAGUACCGCAGCCUGCCUCGACCUGCCAAGUCCAGUACUCUCAGUGUGAUUGGUCGCCCUGCAGGCCGACCUGUCAGCGGCACAAUCGACGCCAGUCUGUUGAGUCUGAAACCUGUGCCUGUGGCAUCCGCAGGCCCCAGGGUCAAGGAGCUCAGCAGCAGUUGCAGCAGUAAAAGCUCUCGAUCUAGCUGCGGCCCAGUGAAUCAGACAGAUAGAGAGAAGGAGAAAGAACGAGCUAAGGCCAAAGCUGUGGGUGGCGACAUGGACUGUGGUUCCCUGAAAAGAGAGGACACUCAGACUGAGUCCAUGGGAGAGUCGACUCUAAAACUCCACGGACUGAGACGGACAGGAAGUAGCAAAUACCCCGAACUCUCAUCACCCACCACACCAAGGAUGCUCCACACCAAAUCUCUGGGUCGCCCACCUAGCCUAGCUCAUUUGGACAAGGUCAACUCCAACAGCCUGGACUCUUGUGUGACCAUCCAUGACCUUCCACCAAAAGUACCUCCAUACUCCAAACUUCAGGACUUGGCCAGCUCACACACAUCCACCCGCCUCACCCCGAGCCCUGCUCCUGUCCUCCACAUCGACUCCAGCUCCUACACCAGUGACAACCUGAGUCUAAGUUUGAGUGGAUCUCCACUGCUCUACCCCAAACUCUCUGGCAUGCACCGCAGCAUGGAAUCCCUGCCUCUGCAGAUGAGUGUUUCUUCCAGUACCAGGUUUGUCCCAAUGGAGUCGCGUGACAAAGAAGAGAGAGCCACAGGAACCUGGGGAGGAGGCAGCAGGACCUCACUCAACCUCUCAGAGAGCUUGCAAACAGACAGAAAUACCUUACCCAAGAAAGGAUUAGAAUGUUACAGCUCAAACCUAUCAGAGAGUGACUGCAGCAAACCGGGCCGACGCCACUCCCACACCAUAGUUAGCAUGACGGAGAGCGAAAGCCCCCCUCAGCUGCCUUCUCCCACCCGCCAGCUCCUCCCCUCAUCCUGUAACAAGGUCCCUCUCACUAACGUGGUCGCUCCCAUACCCACGGGCACCUCCAGGAUCUCCCGCUCCAACAGCAUCGGGCCUCCCAGCGACUCGGCUGACCUCUACGGUUCCUCCCCCCUGGGCAGCAGUUUGUCGUUGGCUAACCGGCCAAAAAGCAUGAUGCGCUCGGGUUCUUUCCGUGAAGCGGGAGAAGAUGUUCAUGGCUCCGUUCUCUCUUUGGCGUCCAAUGCCUCAUCCAACCACUCCUGUAAUGAGGAGCGGAUACAAGGGGAGCAAAUCCGUAAAUUGAGACGUGAGCUGGAAGCCUCACAAGAGAAGGUGGCCAACCUGACUAUGCAACUUUCUGCCAAUUUAGGCCAGGCUAAUCUGGUUGCAGCAUUUGAACAGAGCCUGACCUUGAUGACUGCACGCCUGCAGACAUUGUCAGUCUCCUCGGAGCAAAAGGAUUCCGAGCUGACGGAUCUGAAGGACACCAUUGAUAUUCUCAAGACCAAAAAUGCAGAGGCCCAGGAGAUCAUCCAGGGGGCUCUCAACAACCCUGACCUGACACCCAAUGAGCCCACCAUCGAUCGCCAAAACUCAUCAGAAAGCAUCUCCAGCCUGACCAGCACUACCAGCCACUCAAGUAUGGGAAGCAUGAAAGAGCAGGAAGCCAAGAAGAAGAAGAAGAAGAGCUGGGUCUUUGAGUUACGAAGUUCCUUCAAUAAGGCCUUCAGUAAAAAAGGCUCCAAACCGACAGGACCCUAUGCCGACAUCGAAGAGAUUGCAACCCCAGAAUCCUCUGCACCUUCUUCUCCUAAAAUCCACCAUAUCAGCGAUAAUCCUUCAAUGACACUGAAGUCCUCGGGCUCGGCAUCAUCAGCUGGACUAUGUGAAAAAGGUGAGGUGGGGGAUGACACGGUGGUGACAGAGCUGCGGACAGAGCUGUGGGAGAAGGAGAGGAAACUAACUGACAUCCGCCUGGAGGCUCUGAGCUCUGCUCAUCAGCUGGAGCAGCUGCAGGAGGCCAUGAACAACAUGCAGAGGACAGUGGAGAACCUGAAGGCAGAGAACGAUGAGCUGAAGACAGGCACCCUACCUUCCUGUCCGUCUCCCGGACCGUCCAGCUCAGGGUCCAAGUCUUCAGUUCUGACCACCCUGGGUGGGAAUGGAUCUCCACGGCAGUCAAUGGCCGUGCACCUGCCAAAAGGCUACAGCAGGGGGAUGAGCGACGGGAGCAGCUCAGAUGUCCACUCCAGUGAUUCCCUAAGUCUGUCCUCUCAGAGGGACGAUUACCGUGUCAGGGUGCUAGUCUGUGUAGCAGAUUUACGUGUUUUUAAAGAUGAGGUGAAACAGCAGGAUUUCUUUGUGGGCACAGUCAGAGUGAACGGCAGGAUGGACUGGAACAUGUUGGACUCAGCCGUCAGCCAGGCUUUCAAGGUCUACAUAACCAAAGUGGACCCCACCUCCAGUCUGGGCCUUUCUACUGACUCCAUUUACAGCUACAGUAUGGGUCACAUCAAGAGAGUCUUGGGAGGGGACACACCUGAGAACCAACCGUCACGCUGCAUGUCUCGUGGUCCCAGCAGCAUAACUGUGUCUUUGAAAGGUUUAAAAGAGAAGUGUGUGGACAGCCUGGUAUUUGAAACACUCAUUCCCAAACCCAUGAUGCAACACUACAUCAGUUUGCUUCUCAAACACCGCCGCCUGGUCCUCUCUGGUCCCAGUGGUACUGGAAAGACCUACCUUGCCUCCCGUUUGGCCGAGUACCUGGUGGACCGCAGCGCCCGUGAAGUCAGCAACGGCAUCGUGGUCACAUUCAACAUGCACCGCCAGUCAUGCAAGGAGCUGCAGCUCUACCUUUCCAACUUGGCCAAUCAGAUAGACAGAGAGACCAAUGCCUCGGAGACGCCGCUGGUUGUCAUCCUGGACGACGUCCACGAUCCUGCCUCCGUCAGUGAACUUGUCAACGGUGCUUUAACAUGCAAAUACCACAAAUGCCCUUAUAUUAUUGGGACCAGUAAUCAGCCAGUGAAGAUGACCGCAAACCACGGCCUUCAUCUCAGCUUCAGGAUGGUGACAUUUUCCAACAAUGUGGAACCAGCCAACGGCUUCCUGGUUCGAUACCUGCACAGGAAGAUGAUUGAGUCGGAGAAUGAACGAAGUCUGACCAAUGAAGACCUCAUGAAGGUCUUGGACUGGGUGCCCAAGCUCUGGUAUCACCUCCACACCUUUCUGGAGAAGCACAGCACGUCAGACUUUCUGAUCGGUCCAUGCUUCUUCCUGUCAUGUCCAGUCACAGUGGAUGAGUUUCGGUCUUGGUUCAUUGAUCUUUGGAACCAUUCCAUUAUUCCGUACCUGCAAGAAGGCGCCAAGGACGGCAUCAAGGUCCACGGCCAGAAGGCAGUAUGGGAGGACCCAGUAGAGUGGGUGAGGGGCAGUCUGCCUUGGCCGUCUGCCCAGCAGGACCAGGCGAAGCUGUUCCAUCUUCCUCCCCCCAGUGUGGGUUCCAGCAGCCCCGGUCAAGCCUGCGAGGCGAGGCCACACAAGGAAACACCACCCAGCUCCAUGGAAUCGGAUCCACUGAUGGCAAUGCUUUUGAAACUUCAGGAGGCGGCCAAUUACAUUGAAUCUCCAGACAAGGAGGAGCCUGGUCUGCCUAAACUCUGAUCGCUCCAACACUUAGCACUUCAAAUUCAAUUGCUUUUGUCAUUUGUACUAAUUAAGUGCACAUUCAGGAACUUGCUCACAAACAGUCAUUAACACGUUCGUUACAAUGUGUAAAUGGGUAUUAGUUACAAACACAGACUCAUACUGUGCAGUAUUUUCAAAAUCUCAUCCCAAGAAUUGGAUGGAAAUCUUAAUGCCAUAUUUGCUUCACGAUUUAUAUUCCCACCACAUUAGCCCUCUCAGAAUGGUGCUAAUAGACCACUAUGAAGCUGAAUGUCUCUGCACUUCUUAUGAUUUCUGCAACAGCGUGCACUGAAUGCACACUGUACUGUGUUUAGUGCAACUUAGAGGACGGUGCUCUCGUCAACAGGCCGUGUCCUCCAUUAACCCUGUUUAAACAAAAGAGUAUGACAGCAUGGGAGAUGAUUUGAUACAUAUCUGCUGCCUGAGGCCCUGGACCAAUCUGGAUGUGUGAGCAGAACAUUGUCCUGCCAGAACAUCUCAUUUUUCACAUUUCUCCUGUCAUCUUGUCAGUUUAGAGCAACCUCACUGCACUGUGAUGCUUUACAAAACUGUAGACCUGGGUUGUACCCCUAUAUGAAUCUUUAAGGUCUACACAGAGGGCCACUGCUACAAACAACGAAAACUAUCUUUGGCCAACAUUUAAAACUGUCACAUAAUCUGAUUGAAUUUGUGAGUGUACAGUCAGUGAUGCAACACUUCAGCAACACGGCCCUCAUCCCUGCUCUGUGCUCACACCCAGUCUGCUCCAGGUCCACGUGAUUGAAUGCCAAAUGUCACACAUAAAUAUAUGCAACCCUGAGUGUUACAACAUGAGCAGGUACCACAGGAAAAAAUGCCUUAAGAGUCAAAGACCUCUGUGUCGUCCCACCUUCAGCAGAUUUUAGAAAACUGGUGCUUUCAUCAACAUCACCAUCACAGCUACUGUGAGCAGAAAUCAGCCAUAUUCUCCUGUUGGAUCAGGCAUUUAGACCUGCUGUCAUACUCUUCACAGGUUAUGUUAUUUUUUCCUUAAGCACUUAAAUUAUUAUAUUUUUCCCUCUGCUUUGAUUAGUGUCACUAGCAGUGGCUUUACGAUCAGGUAUUAAAUACAUAUAACACAGGGAUAACAAGGAUCCUCUGGUUAAACAGCUAACACUCCAGGAAUUUAAUUCUGAAUUUUUUUUUGUCAAUAAAAUGACAUUAAUAGAUGUUACAGCUAUUUUUAUCUCCACUAGUAGGUGAAAAUAUGUGAAAAAUGUCCUGAACCAAAUAUCAUAAUUCUAAAGGUUUAAGUUUAACUGUAUAGAGAAACAGUGUUCAACAUGUAUACUAGGUGCUUUUAGUCAAAGUUUUAUUACAAAGCUCUUCUCACUGGUUGACUCACAGGAAAUUAAACAUAUUUAAUUCCUACACCGUGCAAUGAAAAAGUCUUUUAAAGUGGUUUGAGGAGAUGUUGUCGUCAUCCUUUAGGUGUGUAUGGUGCUCUUCAACACUGUCCCAGAGUGUUUAAAUGUUGGGGAAACAUGUAGGUGUUCAGGGUAGGUUAGCAAUGACUAUCGUUGGUGUCAUGGAUCAUUAAUGGGAAAAAAAAGAGCUAAAGAAAUCUGGAAGAAAAAAAAUGUUUGAUGUCUUUCUGCAGUGUGUUUUGGAAGCAGUGAAGUCGUAAUGUUUUCAUUCGCAGCACAGAAGAUGAACACAGUGGGUAUUUACUCCGAGGAGAGAGUACACAGAGAAAUAUUCAAAUACUUUAUCAGGUCUGUUGUGUAGACUUUUGUAAAAUCUCUGGUGGAGUCAACCUGUGGUCGUGCAGGUGGUGUUGAAAUGACUCAUCUGUUCAUGGCAGACUGUUUAUUUCCACAUGUAUAUGAACAUAACUCCACUCCACAUAACCGUUUGAGUUUGUAAAACUGUGCCACUGCUGUUAAAUGCUUCAUAACUGCAUUUCUUUUUCAAUGAAGGCUGAGAACAAAAGACUUGAGUGAAAUGAGAAACAGCCGGUGAGUCUCAUUGGAGGAUCAUUCCCAGUGUCAUCAAGUGUAAAUAUUUCAGGUCACUGACAUUUUCUCCAUCCCUGUUUCUGCAGAUGAACUCAUGCAUUCUUAUCUCAUUGACUGGCUGUUGUGCCUGUUGCUAUAUAGUGCCGUAGCUGUGAUUUGUGUUUGCUUACCAGUGUAGCAGGGCUGUGCAGCAAGUUCUACUAGUGUCAGCAGUCGGUUUUGUGAAUUUCUGGGCAAACACGGUAUGUUUUCAUCCAGUCUGUCUCUGGCUUGGAAGAGCAAUCGUGGGGUAAAAACAAAAAGUGAACCUCAGGAUGAAAUUUGUCGAGCCAGGAAGGCUGAGCCUUAAAGCCAGGAGAGUGUGUGAGGGUACACAUCAACAACAUGGAUAAAAGACAGUGAGAAAGACAUGCAGCUGGUUUAAAAGCGACUUCACAUUUUGUCCUUGAACGACAGUCCUUGAAGUGGACGUGCAGAUGGUCAGUAGACAAUAAGGAUGAUUGAAAAUCACAGAAACAAGCUGGAAAUGUUUGGCACAGAGCAGCUCUUUUCACUUUAGGAAGAAUUAAACCUCAACACAGCUGAAUAGUCGUUUUUUUUUUUUUUCUUCGAGCUUGUGAACGACAAAACUUAAGAUCCAAAAGAUGUUACGUGGUAUCAAAUGUCACUGAUGUGCAAUUAUUAAGGGUUUCUAAGUGUUGUUCAUGCAUGUAGACUUGCUGUGUGAUGAAAAAAAAAAACAUAGUAAAAUUGGCGUAUUGCUUAGGAAAAUAACUCAAGAAGAUGUUUUCCUUUUGAAUACUCAAAUGUUUGAUUUUUUUUUUCUAAAAUGCCUUUGUAAAAGUUAAUUUCUCUAUUUUGUACAGGACACCGUUGUAAAGACUGUAAAUAGGUCCGCUUUCUAGAUGCGGCAACAAUCACUGAGGAGUGGUAAAGAAAGUGACUGACAGAAAUCUGUUCAGGGUCAGGCGGACACAUGGAUACAGUUAGGAUUCUGAGGGCCUUCAUCCACCUAUCACUGUUUGUUGAAUCAAUAAAAUACAUGGUAUAUUUA